CGGACGGGACGCUUCUUCAACAACAUGGCUACUGAUUCAACCACCUCGGCAGCCUGCAUAAAAGCGAUACAUUAAAUCGUUUCAGUUAGUUUCAGUUAGUUUAAAACACAUUUAUGUCGUAUCUAGUUACCCUUAAUUUCUAUAUUUAUGUUUUUGUUAGCCAUCUAGAUGGGUGGUUAAAUUAGCAGUAGCCUAGAAGCUAAUGAAUGAUAGCUAGCUAACGUUACCUCGCUAACAUCCUCGACCAUGAGCUCACCAAGCUACUCCCCACCUGCUAAAGAAGAGGAGAGCUGCUGGACGGAGAAAGAAGCCCCGGUGAAAGAGGAAGAGGAGGCUGUCACCGUUAAACAAGAAGUAGAGGGUGAAGCUGUUACAGUGAAACAAGACGUAGAGGGUGAAGCUGUUACAGUUAAACAAGACGUAGAGGGUGAAGCUGUUGCAGUGAAAGAGGAAGAAGAGGGUGAAGCUGUUACAGUUAAACUAGAGGAAGAAGCUUUCAUAGUAAAAGAGGAGGUGGAUGUUACUGUGGAGGAAGAGAAACAAGACGGUGCCGCUUUGGGAGUGAAAGAGGAGGAAUUGACUGUCACGGUGAAAGAAGAAGAUAUUUUCAGAGUGAAAGAGGAGGAUGCCGUCUUUGGAGUGAAGGAGGAGGGGGAGGAGGAGGAAAAAGAAGAGAUCGGAGAUGUAAUUAACACCACAGGAGCAAGACCAGACACUCACUCUGACAGCAGGAAGAGUCCUUCAGUGGAACCAGACCCAGAGACGUCCAAACCAGCGAGACGACACCACUGCUCCCAAAGGGGGACUUGA